AUGGCGACGAUUGAUACUCCUCCAGCGGACUAUCCUCCUGAAAUCACUGGCUAUGCUGAUCCAUGGAUAGCUUCGCCAGGUGAGACGAUAUCGAUCAAAGUAUCAUGCACAGAGCCGGAGUAUUCGUAUAGAACGGUGAGAGUGAUCCAAGGUGUCGACCUCGAGCAUUCGCCCAAGAAAGAGCUCCAAGAGAUCACCUCAGUCCCUUCAGGCACUGCGAAGGGGAGAUUCCAGGUGGCCAGGAUCGGCUCAUACGCCAGAGUGGACGAGUGGGGAGCAUCACUGUCGAAGAAUGGUGUCGAAGUCUCACUGUACUUCCAACCGCAUCUCCCUCAGGCUGGUCACGUCCAGACGAUCAUAGCCACGCUUGAUGUGGCCUCCAAGAGCGGAUUUGCCGUCGUCAUAACCACAGAAGGAUUCGUUGAAUUGUGGCUCGGUAUCGGGACGGACGUCAAGGUCGUCGAGACGAAGUUCAAGCCUGCUAGUAAGCGAUGGGUGGGAUUGAAACUCAUCUUGAAAGGCACAGAUGUCUCGCUCUCGUUGAUACCGAUCCCAUACCUGGCGGAGAAGGCCAAUCCAACGACACACCUACACGAGACAUUGGCCGACCCCGUCAAUCUCUCUUCUGAGAAUAUACUGCUCUUGGCUGGUAGUUUUGCAGAGAGUCCAGGGGCCACCUUCCCGCGCGUGACCAACUUCUUCAAUGGCCGCAUCGACAGUCCUAUGAUCAAGUCAUUGGGGCCCAAGGCAGAGGUUCUCGUCAAAUACGAUUUCGCUCGCAACAUCCCCGACGACACCAUCAUCGAUGCAUCAGGAAACGGUCACGACGGUGUUCUCAUAAAUGCACCCACAAGAGCCAUACCAGGUUUCGACUGGGACGGCAGCGAAGUCGACUGGACCAAAGCCAAAUACGGCUACGGAGCAAUCCACUUCCACGAAGACGACCUCGAUGAUGCAGCCUGGGAAACCGACUUCACCAUCACCCUCCCGCCGGACGCUCGGUCGGGCAUUUACGCCGUCGAGGUAAACUCCACCAACGGCAAAACUUCAGACAUGAUCACAUUCAUGGUCCGCCCUACCAAAGAGACUACGGCCAAAGUCGGCGCAAAGGUAGCCUUGGUGCUCUCGACGUUCACAUAUCUCGCGUACGCGAACGAGAAGCUCGCGGAUGUGAAUCGAUCUUCCGCCGUGGAAGUCGGCCCGGGCUUCGACAUCAGCCAGACACUUCGGACGGAGGACUUUUACCGAAGCCAUCGACGACUGGACUGCGGCCUUUCGAACUACGACGUCCACAACGACGACUCGGGUGUGGUGUUCUCGUCGGCGAAACGACCGAUCAUGAAUCUGCGUCCAGGCUACGUGAUGUGGGCGUUUAGUCGGCCUCGCGAACUCAGCGCCGAGUCAAUGAUGAUUGGAUUGCUGGAGCGGGAGAACAUCCCCUAUGACGUGCUCACUGAUCACGAUCUGCAUCUGAAAGGCGCCGCGGCAUUGGCACCUUACACUACCGUCAUGACCGGGUGUCAUCCUGAGUAUCCAACGCUCCAGUCGUACAAUGCGUACGAGCACUACGCCAGACGCGGAGGCAAUCUGAUGUAUCUGGGUGGGAAUGGAUUUUACUGGGUAUCAGCCGUGGACCCGAAGAGGCCGUGGCGGCUUGAGGUGCGCCGUGGCGAUCAGGGCGUCAGGUCAUACACUCUUCCCGGUGGGGAACGAUUCAUGAGUCUGAAUGGCACACAGGGAGGUUUGUGGCGCACACGAGGUCGUUCGUCGCAUGGUUUGUUUGGGAUCUCGUUUUGCGGUGAGGGCACCGGGCCUGGGGUGCCGUAUAAGCGGACUGGCGCUGCUGAAAAUGCCAGCUUCAAGUGGAUGUUCGAGGGGAUCCCGGACGGGGGAUUGAUAGGGGAAUAUGGACUCGGCGGUGGCGCAAGUGGUGAUGAGAUUGACAGCUUCGAUCUGGCUUGUGGCAGCCCGACGAACGCGGUCGUGGUGGCUUCGAGCACUGGCCAUCCGGAUGAGUUUGGCAUUGCGCCAGAGUGUGUCGGCUUUCCCAUCAUCAACACACUGGGAACGCAGACCAACGAGAUCAGGUCGGACAUUGUCUAUUACGAGACGCAAGCUGGAGGCGCUGUGUUUUCGGUGGGCAGUAUCAACUGGUUCUGUUCUUUGGGGUGGGACGACUAUCAAAACAACGUGGCCAAAUUGACAGGGAAUGUGAUCAAGGAAUUCUUGAGGAGGGCAGACGCCGAGAAGAGCUGA